AUGGCAAGAUCACCGAAUGAAAGUAUCGAUAUUGAGUUAUUUCAAGAUGAUUUCAAAAACAUCGAUCAAGAAUUUCUUCAAUCAGUUGUUUCGAUUUUCAAAUUUGGAAUUUCAACAGAAAAUAGCUUUAUGGAAGAAUUUUUAUUGAUGACCAAAGAAGCUACAUUUGCAUAUGGUGAACAAAUAUGCUCAUGGUUAUCGUUGGAACAUGAUAUGAGCAAACCACAACGGAUAUCACUCUUAAAUGAUGUGAAAAUUGUUCAAGUAGAUUUUGGCUGGGGUUUUGUUGCCAUUCUAACUGAUGAUGGAAAAGUAUUCAUAGCCAGCAAGGUUAAAAGUAAUUGGAAAACGAAUAAAACAUUACGAUUAAUCAACACCGGUAAUGACAAAUUCAAGAUGAUUGCUUGUGGACGGUGGCAUUUAUUAUUGCUACGACAAGAUGGUCAUGUUUUCUCUAUGGGCAAUAAUAGUCAUGGUCAAAUAGCUGGUAAUGAAAGAUUAUCAUAUGACAGUAUGAUCCAAAUAAAGAAGCUAGAAAAUGUCAAGCUUAUAGCUUGUGGAUUUGAUCAUAAUUUAUCAAUAACUAAUAAAGAAGAAACUUAUUCCUGGGGCGGUAAUAGUUUUGGUCAAUUAGGUCUUGGUGAUGAAAAAGACCGAAAAACCCCACGUCUUGUUGCAUUUCCAAAUGUUGAUUCAACCCGCAUCAAAGAUAUUGUGGCUGGCAUAUUCUUUUCAUUAUUUUUAUUCGAAAAUGGUCAGCUUUGGGCAUGUGGUUCUAAUUACAAUGGUGUACUUGGUCUUGGUGAAACAAAGAUUCGAUCAACACCGACAAAAAUACCGAUUAAAAAUGUAAAACAGAUUGUAUGUUCGAAAGUCGACAGCUUUUUAUUGGCAAAUGAUGGGUCAUCGUAUUAUGCAUGGGGAAAAGCCAAAUAUAGAAAAUGGUCAUCACCUAAAAGAUUUGAUGAUCAUCCGACGUCAUUUGUAGCUGCAUCAACAAUGAUUUUUCCAUCACCACUAACAUUUGGUCUCACAUCAACAAUCUAUGUAUUCGGAUCACAUGAUUCAAUAUCGUACCAAUCCAAAUCAAUCCUCCAACUAUUCGAUAAUCAAGAUAGUUAUGAUGUGGAAUUUUUAAUUGACCAAAAACCUAUUAAGGCAUGCAAAUGUUAUCUCGAAUCUAUAUCGGAAUAUUAUCGACGAAUGUUUUCCGGUAAUUGGAGUGAAAAUGACCAAGUGAACAUCAACAAUUACUCGUAUGAUACAUACUAUGCCUACUUGCUUAUGUUACAUACUGGUAAAAUUCAUAUCAAUCAUCAAAACAUAAUCGAACUUGUUGAUCUGGCAAAUUGUUAUGGAGAUUUAAAAUUGAUGGAACAUUGUGAAACAUUCAUACGGAAUGAUCUGAAUGCACAAACUAUGACAACAUAUCUUCCAUUAAUUAUCAAAUACGAAUUGAAGAUAUUGGAAUAUAAAUUCAGAAAUAUUGCAAAACCACUGGCUGAAAAAAUCGAUAUUGAUUUAUUUGAAGAAGAUUUAGAAGACAUCCAUCAAGAAUUUCUCCAAUCAGUCGUUUCGAUUUUCAGCUUUUCCUUCAAUGUCGAAAAACAAUUUUUAUUGAUGACCAAAGAAGCUACAUAUGCAUAUGGUGUAGAAAUAUGCACAUGGUUAUCGUUGGAACAUAAAUGGUCCGAACCACAACGGAUAUCACUUUUGGAUGAUAUGAAAAUCGUUCAAGUAGAUUAUGGACGUAAUUUUAUUGCCAUUCUAACUGAUAAUGGACAAGUAUUUCUAGCCAGCGAUGAAGAAACUAAAUGGAAAACGAAUAAAACAUUACGAUUGAUCAACACCGGUACUGACCGUUUCAAGAUGAUUUCUUGUGGAAAGUUGCAUUUAUUAUUGCUACGACAAGAUGGUCAUGUUUUCGCUAUGGGUGAUAAUAGUCAUGGUCAAAUAACUGGCAAUAAAAAAUCAUCAUAUGAAAGUAUGAUAGACAUUGAUAACCUAGAAAAUACCGAGCUCAUAGCUUGUGGGUGGUUUCAUAGUUUAUCAAUAACUAAUAAUGGAGAAAUUUAUUCCUGGGGCCAUAAUGAUUUUGGUCAAUUAGGUCUUGGUGAUGAAAACAAACGAAACGCCCCAUGUCUUGUUUCAUAUCCUAUUGCUGAUUCAACACUAAUCAAAGAUAUUGUGGCUGGUGACCGACAUUCAUUAUUUUUAUUCGAAAAUGGCCAGCUUUGGGGAUGUGGUUCUAAUAGUGAUGGUGAACUUGGUCUUGGUGAUGAUAUUAAACAAUUAGUGUUGACGAAAAUACCGAUUGAAAAUGUACAACAAAUUGUAUGUUCAAAAUUCCACAGUUUUUCAUUGGCAUAUGAUGGAUCAUCGUAUUAUGCAUGGGGCAAAAUCAUAUAUAGCAAAUUGUUGUCACCUAGAGAAUUAGAUGAUUCACAUUCAUCAUUUGCUUCUGCAUCAGUUCAGGUAUUGAAUCCAUUCACAUUUUGUCUUACAUCAAUAAUCCAUGAAUUCAAAUUACAUGAUCCAAUAUCGUAUCAAUGCAAAUCAAUCCAAUUAUUCAAUAAUCAAGAUAGUUAUGAUAUGGAAUUUAUUAUCGAUGGCAAACGUAUAAAAGUGUGCAAAUGUUAUUUGAAAUCUGUAUCCAAAUUUUAUGGUGAUAAAUUUUCUGAUGAUUGGAAAGAAAAAAAAGAGGUAACAAUCAAUGAAUAUAGCUAUGAUGCAUACUAUGAAUAUCUACGUAUGUUACAUACGGGUAAAAUUUAUAUUAAUCGUCAAAAUAUAACCGAACUUGUUGGUAUGGCCAAUUGUUAUGGUGUCGAAAGAUUGAUGAAAUAUUGUGAAACAUUCAUACAGAAUGAUCUAAAUAAACAAACUAUGCUUACAUAUGUUCCAUUAAUUAACAAAUAUCAGGAAUUUUAUGCCAAACUUGUUCAUCUUGACCAAAAUUGA